GGUCCCGAACUGAAAAAAUAUACACGACUUCGCCGUGUGAAAUAUUAUAAAGGGAAAAUGGCUGACUUAAAUCUGAGUGCUGUGAUGAGAAGACAAUGAGCUGAAACAUAAUUACUUUAUAAUGAAUACUACGAGAGGAGGACGACGACAAAUGUUACAGCUUGAUGAUAAUAAUGAAACAAAAUCUUUAGCCCGUAAAGAUAAUAAAAUGAGUGUUAACAGUCCAAAAAGAUCUAAACCUGCUGGGUUGUCUGCCCUUGGAGAAUAUUCUGAUUCUGAUUCCAAUAACUCUGAAGAGGAAGACUCUAAUGUUAAUGGAAAUAAUGGUGUUGAUAAUACAGUAGGCCCAACAAGUUCUACUACACCACUAUCUGCUACAAUAUCUACAUCAGUAGGGGCAACAAGUUCUACUGCAUCACUAGGCGCCACAAGUUCUACAACAUCAUUAGAUGUUACUACUAGUGGAACCAGUGUAGAUGGUGAAGUCUCUAAUUUCUUGAAUGAAGUGAAUUCUUUAUCUGCUUCUAAUAGUCCAUCAAGAGAAAGAAGUGCCACACCCCCAGUUACUCAUGUACAAGCCAAAUCUGACAAGAAGAAAUCAUCUAAUUUUUACAAGUCAAUGUUUGUUAAAGGAGCCACAGAAUGGAAUAAAAGGAAAGAAAAUCCAGAGGAAGCUACCUCGACUGAAAUAAAUGAAUUACCAGAUGAGCCAACCACUCUAUGGCAGAUAUGUGUAGACGAGAAUACCCAGUAUCAGUAUUAUUGGAACACUAUAACCAAUGAAGUGACCUGGACGAUCCCACCAGAUUAUACACAAUAUUUAUUACAGUAUAAGCUGUAUGAGGAACAACUCAAUAAGAUACCAGAAGAGAGAAGAGAAUAUCUCAAGAAAAAGAAACUGGGAUUAAUUACUAGUCCAAAGACCAUCAAUCCUAAAAUCCAGCCAAAGCCACCUACACAAUCCUACAAUGAAAUGGAAACUGCUACAGUAAAUGCAGUCCACCAGGCUAAUGUCACUCCACUAGCUGAAGCCAAUGGAAGUAACCCAGAUCUGAAUAAAGGUAAAGAGCAGCAACAGCUAACUGAUCCAGAGAAACAGUUCUAUUCAGAAAUAGAAGAACUGGAAAAAAUGGAAAUUGAAGUCCCCCCACCUGAAAAUGUCAAUGGAACUCCUUUAGAAGACAUUCCAGUUCCUGAAGAAAAUAUAGAAACCCAUUCUAAAGAUUUAACUGCAAGUGAAAAACCCAGUGGAGAAUCUGAAACAACCCUUGAUCUGGAUGAUAUUGAUAAUGCACUUGAGAAAGCUUUAGAAAAGAAGAAGGAUGAAUUGAAGAAAUUAGAAGCUGAGGAAUCAAGUACAACAACUUCGGAUGUGAAGCAUAGUCAAAAGCAUACUCAUAAACAUAGUCAUAAGCGCCAUUCAUCACCCGAUUCUUCUAUACAAACAUCAAGUGUAUCCAAAAAAUCUAAAUCUUCUAAUGUUAAUGAGCGGAUAACACCAGAACCAGUUGCAGAGAAACUAUGUAAACAGUCAGUAGAAGCUGUUAGAAAAGCUUUAGUGAGUUAUGAACAUGAUGAAUCUGAGAGUGAAGUGAAUGGUGGAAUGUUAAGUAAUAAAUCAACUGUAUUAGAUAUAGAUGAUAUGGUGGAUGUAGAUGAUAUAACUGAAGUAUUAGAGAAUAAAUUAGAAUUUUUAAGUGUGUCAAAGAAAGGGUUAACAAGACUUCAAAUAAUGCUCAUAGAAUUACAGACCAGAUAUUCUGAUUAUUUAAAUGGUGGCCUAAAGAAGGACUUUUUCCUCAGAAAAUUAUCAAAGUUAGAAAAACAGUUAAAAGAUUACGAGAAAAGUGCCAUGCCAGAUGAUUGGACCUGCCAGUGGGACAGGAAAUUUCAUCAGUGGCAGCUGAAUAAUUUGAGAUGUGGAAUGGCGGACGUUUAUGGUUAGACGAUGACUAUAUAAGUUGCUGUGGAAUUUCAGGCAGUACUUUUAUAUCAAUGAUGUCACUGGUGAUACCCAGUGGGAACACCCAGAUUCCAGCGUCCAAGUGAUAGGUGAAUCCCAUCACCGCCGCCAUUCCUCCGGUCAGUCGAAAUCCAGGAGCUCCAAAUCCCACUCCAGCAAGAGAUCAAAGGACAAAAGAAGAGUGGACAAAAGAUCUUCCAAAUCCAAGUCUAGUCGACGUGACCGAGAUAGAUCGAGAUCUGAAUCUCCCGAAGUUAGUCACAAAUCGAGUAAGAGCCACCGAAAAGAAAAAAUUGAUAUCGAGAGCAUUGUAGAGACUAUAUCUUUGGGUGGAUUACUGUCGAAAAAUCGCGAGGCAAAAUCAGAUACAAUAAACAUCAUAGAUGAUCCUGAAGUAGAAGAACCCACCAGUCCACCACCACCUCUGCCUCCACCUCCAGAUGAACCAGAAGAACUGCCUGCCCCUCCCCCAGCUUGCCCAAUAUCAGUAUCUGAUGCAGAAGAUGCACUAGUCGAAACUAAAGAUAAUGUGGCAUCGGAAGCAUCAGAAGUUGAACAAGCAUUACCCAAAUCAACAGUUGUGAUAAGUAAACCAGUUCAGUAUAAUUCAGAAGUAACAACAUCAUCAUCAUCGAAUGAUCCUCUCCCAGGCACCAGCUGUUCCCUACCUUCCACAAGUUCCAUGGUGUCGAGCUCCACUAUACAAGGUAAUGGUGCAGCAGCAACGACAGAUGUUGCUGAGUUGGAUGGAGAACCAAUGGUGUCUUCUAGUGAAAUCAAAGCAGAAGUAACCAAAGAAGUCAAAAAGAAGAAAAAGAAUAUGGCUAAUACAAAUUUUGCCCUGAAGAAGAAGAAGGUAUCAUCUUUAGUGAACAAAUGGAAAAAAGUGAAAAUAGAAGUAGAAAAAGAAGAAAAGAUUGAUGAAGAAAGACAACUUGCCAUCAGACAAAAACUAGAAGAAUGGAAAAAAGAGCAACAUUGAAUUUUCUUUCUUAAAGAUCUUUUUUUUUUUUACCCAUUCCGAGACACACAUGCUCAUAAUACCAUGUUUGUUUAAUGAUUUAAUCUCAGCGUGAUCUAUACCGCCCAGUUACACUCUAGAUUACAUAGAAAACAAAAAAAAAAUAAUUGGGAUUUGGUAUCGGUUAGUUUUGAUAUUGUACCAGUAUGUACUACAAUCUAACCGUAUAGCUAUAUCUAAGUAAUCUUUUAGAGGCAUUUACUAACUGGACGGAGUAAGAAAAUAAGACUCAUACUUGUGGAAAACAGCUACUAAUAUAUUUGGGCAUGGUUUCGAAGAGUAUUCUCUCAAUAUUAUCAAGCUUUUAACUGUUUUCCAUGUGGUUUGAUUGAGUAACUGGACAGAGUAAUAAACCAAAACACAUAUUCAUGAAAGAUAGCUACUAAUAUAUUUGAGCGAGAUUUCAAAGAGUUUUCUACAUUAUCCAAUCUGAGUAAAAUUAUACAGAUCUUUAUUUCGUUUCGUUUUUUUUAUACUUUCGAUGGCUUCCACUACAUAAAGAUCUGACAUGUUGUAGUGGAAGGUCCCUUCCGGGGUCAUACAAACCGCUCUUGACCUACGACAUCAGACAUUUGAUUAACCAAUGGGUGUUAAUGUUUCUAGUGGGAUAUCCACAGUUCCGUGCACCGCAUGCCAAGAACUCACCGUAACAGACCAUUUCAUUGACUAAUCCCUCACAUGAACUAGAACGCAGGUUAUAUAACAAUUCUUCCAGAUCCAAGUGUAGUAAAGACAGUUAAAACGAAAUUUUGAACUUUAAAAAAAAACGAAACGAAAAAGGAUCUGUGUUCUAAUCAGAGUGCUACAUUAUCAAGCUUUUUACUGUUUUCCGCUGGUAUGUGUUUUAUAGUUAUUACAUGUCAGUCAGUGAUAAUCACCAGCAUUGAACUUGGUGUCAUUUAUAUCAUUCUAAAUUCAUUGAAUCAUAAUGCAAUAGCUCAACAAAUAGGACUACAAUCACUGGUUUAUUAUAAAAAAGCACUAUGUUUCGAUAAGUAUUGUAGUGCUUUUGUAUAAUAAACAAGUAAUAGUUGUCCAUAUUUAAUUAUGUUAAUUUUUUCCAAAUACUAAAUUCAUUAAAUCAUAAUGCAAUAUCUUGUCUGGAUGUAGAAUAAGGAAUUAAUUCUUAGGUAUAAAAAUACAAUGAAAUGUGAUUAAUUACUUUAAUAAUAACUCAUAGUUUUGAGUAUACAUUCUUUUACAACAUUUUGAAUUAUUUAAAAGCUGCAAAAUAUUUUCUGAAGAUUGUUUAUUUUACUAAUCUUUGUUUAAAAAAAAGAAUUUUCUUUUAUGCAAACUAUUUUCUGAAGAUUUCUUAUUUUAUAAAUCUUUGUUAAGUACCUUCUUUUAAAAAGAAUUUUUUUUUUAAAUGAAAGAUUAUAGUGUAUCUAAGGCCUCAGCAAUUUGGUUUUCUACUCUUCAGGAACAACUGUAAAAUAUUUUCUUCUUAGUUCUUCGAGAAAAAAACUUACUUAAAAUCCAAUUGUACUUGAUCACAUUGUUUAAAAGCAUUUAGUUUCAAAUUUUUAAGUUUUUUAAAUUUUAAACAAAACACCUUUCAAAUAAUGUAUGUGGCUAUUUAUCAAGAAAGUGGAGCAUACUAAACUUAGGCUGUCUGUCUACCAUUAGCUCCACCUGAGAACAGACAUUAAGCUAGUUUACGAACAUUUUAUGUCCUAAAUUGACGAUUUUGGACGAAAACAAUAAGUGUACUUUGAGAAUUUGGGGAAGUAUUGAUUCUUCUUCGAUUAAAUGAAAUUGAAAAGGUUUAUUUCGUCUUUGUGUGUUUGAUGGAGUAAAACUGCAUUACAAAAUAGUAUCCUAAUUUUUGGAUAUGGUGGUCUUUCAGGGUAGAGAUUAAUUCUCCAAGUAUGAAGUAGUUAUAUCUCUGUGUGCAGAAUGGAUCCUGGAGAACAGAAAAUAAAAUUUGUGUGGCCUAAUGAACCAGAUAUCUGUAUGCGAUAUUUGUUUAUUCUCAUAAGGUUAAAUGUACAUUAUGUAAAUAUGAAAAAAUUGAUAGCAUGAUCAGAAUGAUAGAAUGUAGAGAAUAGAAUCUCCAUCAUAACCCUUCAAAUCAUCUUGUUAUCUUGUGCAAGCUGUUUAUCCCAACCUACCCCUUCAUUCGGCUCCCAAAGAGUAUACAUAUAUAGACAACUUUUAGAAAUAAAAUUGGGGUUUUAAGGUCCUACUUUUCUGCAACUACUGGCUAUGCCAUCGUGUUGGACCUUGUUUAUUUGUCCCAUCUAAAUGAUGAAAUUUUAAGCCUUCCAUGAAUCAUUCUGUGAACUACUUUCAGCCCCUCCAAGAUCCUGCAUUUUUGUUAUAAAAAUAUAUCUACAAUUUUCGUCUUCGAUGUCAUUAAUUUUGGUGGGGGAUGUUAUAAUACAAUUUAUAGAAUUUUGUGUGGAAACCAAAAAGGGGAGAUUUAAACGCCUAAGGUGAACGAGACAUUUGAAUUCAAAUCACAGCUUCUAUUCCCUUCAUUUAUAACACCCAUUGUGAUUUGAUGUGAAAUUUAAUAAUAGAAAAAAAGGGUAGGUAAACCAAAGAGAUAUUUGUAUGUUCCUGUAGUAUUAUAUGUGUGUACUAUUUUAUUUAUUUAUUUCAUUUCUAAAUAUAUCAGAAAAAAUUCAGUGCUCAAAUGUUUGACAAAUCCAUAAAAAUAUCUGUUGCUAUAUUAAAGCUACAAUUUCAUAUUUUUAAGUUAUAUUUUUAAAAUGUAUUAAAAUAAAGCCUUAAAAUCGAUGCUAUGUAUAAACAGUCCUACCUUGAUAAAGAAUAAUCCUAUUAAUCCUAAAAUUCACUAUUGCCAGUUGAGAAAUUGGCAAAAAUAUCAUUUUCAACUUCAUAGCUAUUCCAUGGUAGGGAAUAGAAAAACAAGGGAGGUAAUUGUGUUAUUGUUUCCGGUGUGAAAUAUUUUUGAUUGUGAGAGAAUGAUAUCUAUGAUCGUAUAAUAGUGAGUUGACAACCUAUUGAGCAAAAAACAUAGAAAUAAUUAUGUUUUGACUUUCUUAGAAAACAUGAAAUUGUAGCUUUAAAAAGUAAGUCAAACCAUAAUAUUUGAUAACGCACAUUUUUUGUUUUGAAACUCUGUUAAAAGCUGCAUUUGCAUUAAUCUUUGUAGCUUGUGGUUGAUGUUUUAAAAGGGGGGGGGGGGAGUUUGUGUUAAGAAAAAAGCAUAAUCUGAUUGUAGCAGAAAAUUAAACAUAUCAUUUGGUAAUAUGCAAAAUUUGUUAAAGAACAUUUGUUGUUGUAUGAUCAUUUGUAUAUAUACAGUAUUAAUUGGGCCCCUUUUAUAAAUAGAUAAUUUAGAGUAUAUAUUCUUUGAUUCAGCAUUCAAAAAUGAAAUAUAUUUUCCCUUAAUCUCUGUAUGCCCUCCAGCUGAUGAGGCACCUAGACUGCAGCAUCACCUGGGCUUCAGCCCUUAAAGCCUAUGCCUUAACUCAGAUCUACUGUCAUGGGGGAAUUGUCUUUCCGGGCAGAAUUCUCUUUCCUAGCAUUACAGGCAUGAUCGUAUGUUCAUCUCAGAAUGACCGAAGUAUUAUUUUGAAGGAAUGCUGAGUUCCAUUCCUCUCCUGUCUGUACUGUAUAUAGAUUUGGCUAAGGAUCAGCAGAAUCUUACACACAUUGAAGAUUGGAAUUUUUUUUUUUUUAGUUUAAUGAUAAUGUAUAUAUUUAUAAUAGUUGAAUAGUUUCAACUUCUAUCUUCACAAUGUGAGGACUUCACAUUUUGAGGACUUUAAAAUGUGAAGACUUUACAAUGUUAGGACUUUACAAAGAGAGGACUUUACAAUGCGAGGACUUCACAUUUGAGGACUUUAACAAUGUGAAGACUUAAAGAUGGGUUCCCAGAAAAGUAUUUAUCGGGUGGUUAUUUCCAAUAAAAGUAUGACAAUUUUGGUAUAUAUGGAAAGUAGAGAUAUCCAAUCUUACUAGAAAAAUACUCAUGGAGCAUAUACAGGACAAAAAUUUAAGAGUUUUUUUUUUUGUCUGCACGCGUGAUGUCAAAGGUCACACGCGAACAUUGGGCGCUUGAUGUACAAGUUGAUAAACUUUAUUAAGAGUUAGACGUACAAACUUUCUGAAAUAAAAAUACGCAAGUAGUGGAUAAUCCGAGAUUUUAAUUAGGAUUCGAUAUUUGUAAUAAAUAGUAAGCUAUUCAAGACAACAUCGUCUUAUGUAUGCAAUGAAUUCUCCUCUGACGUCUGAGAGAGGUAAGUCAUGUGACAUAAACAUGACCUGGUUUGAUCGAUUUUUUAUAGCAGGGCAUUCCUUGGCAAUUACAAUGUUUGAGAAGGAUUUGAAGCAAAAUUAUGACAAAUUAAUUAGUUUGAAUAUGUUUUUAGUCCAUAUAUACCAUUAAAUCACCCAGUUUGUACGCGGGAACCCAUUUUUAAAUAGCGUAAAUUAGGUAAUAACCCAGCUCUCCAGUUCAUAUUUCUAAUGGAUGUAAAUAGGUACACAGAGGGAACACUUAUCUGCAAUCUAUAUCGCAAUACAAGCAUCUGUAUUUUGCAAGAAAAGCAGAUUUCACUAGUAAAUUUUAUUUUAUGUACAUGAUACCCUGUGUUAGUUUGAAAUAUGUGUUAUUUCCCGUGUUUAUAUAAUAGUAAGUAAUAUAUGAUGGAUUGUGCACCUACAUAGAUCAUGAUUGAAACUAUCAUGUGACUGUUGACAAUGUAAAUUAUAGUUAUGACAAUAAAAAUGUUGAAACGAG